AUGUGGAAUUUUGUCCUAGACGAGGCAACCUGUACGGGUCAUGAGCCUUGGAACCAUGGCAUCAGGCUAGACCACAAUAUGGCCACUGCUGAUCCUACCAAACCAUAUCCAUAUCGAACCCUUGUAUCUUCUGCCCCACAAAGCAAGACUCUCAGUGGUCAUCAUACUAAAUAUUACAUCUUGCAGGAGAUACUUGAAAGUGGGAAUAUUGCAGAAACCGAUGUUCUUGGGAGUGUGAUGAAGCAUAUGAGAAAUAAAAUUGAUGGUGAAAGGAGUACUACUGCACUGAAGAAUUGGCUGAUCAAGAUGUUGAGAAUUGAUGGCCAUAAUGCAGCUCUAUGUCACACCACUUGGCCUACUACUUUAGAUUGUCUUGGUGGUAAUUACUACAUCACUUGA